AUGUCAUCGUCAAUUAAUAUAACUAAUGAAGAACUGUCCCCAAAAGUAGAAGUAUCAGUACUACCUAUGCAUUUACAAUACUCAGGACCAGCAAAUACAAAAGAAUAUUUCACACCUUCAAAAACAAAAGAAACAUUAAACGAUGGAACAAUAGUAGAUACAGCUUAUUUUAGAGGUUGUAGAUUAAUUGCAAAAGAAGUUACAUUGGAUCAAAAUAAAAUGGAUGGUUUCAUAUUAGAUAAAUCAGAAGCAUUAAGUAGAGAUAUUAAUGAAGAUGAUGGAACAGAAACUAUAAAAACCAUAAAAAAUUAUGCUUCAAUUGCAUUUUUUAAUAAAUUAACAUUAUAUGGUCAUGAUUCUGAAAUUGAACUGAGUAAUCAAUGGUCUUUAAUACCUGAGUUUAUAGAAAUAAAUAAUAUAAUACAUGAAUAA